CCGGGGGCCGUGGGGACGGCGUACACACCGCGAGUCACUUGUCAGCGCUCGUCUGAGGCGGAGGCAUCGCCGCGCCGGACCCGAGUUUCUUUCAUUUUGGGGCAUUGGACUCUGAGCCAUUAGAACCAUGAGCAACUACAGUGUGUCCUUGGUUGGCCCAGCUCCUUGGGGUUUCCGGCUACAAGGUGGCAAGGAUUUCAACAUGCCUCUGACAAUCUCUAGUCUAAAAGAUGGCGGCAAAGCAUCCCAGGCAAAAGUAAGAAUAGGUGAUGUGGUUCUCAGCAUUGAUGGAAUAAGUGCACAUGGCAUGACUCAUCUUGAAGCCCAGAACAAGAUUAAGGGUUGUACAGGCUCUUUGAAUAUGACUCUGCAAAGAGCAUCUGCUACACCUAAGCCUGAGCCGGUUCCUGUUCAAAAGGGAGAACCUAAAGAAGUAGUUAAACCUGUGCCCAUUCCAUCUCCUGCUGUGUCCAAAGUCACUUCCACAACCAACAUGGCCUACAAUAAGGCACCACGACCCUUUGGUUCUGUGUCUUCACCAAAAGUCACAUCCAUCCCAUCACCAUCGUCCGCCUUCACCCCAGCCCAUGCGACCACUUCAUCACAUGCUUCCCCUGCACCCGGGGCCGCUGUCACUCCUCCCCCAUCCGCUGCAUCUGGACCGCAUGCUAAUGCCAGUCUUAGUGCUGACCAGCGGUCAUCUGCACUGAGCACUGGUAAACCUGCAGUUAAUGUCCCACGGCAGCCCACAGUCACCAGCAUGUGUGCCGAGACUGCCCAGGAGCUAGCGGAGGGACAGAGAAGAGGAUCCCAGGGUGACAGUAAACAGCAAAAUGGCCCACCACGAAAACACAUUAUGGAUCGUUAUACAGAGUUUUAUCACAUACCUACUCACAGUGAUGCCAGUAAGAAGAGACUGAUUGAAGAUACUGAAGACUGGCGUCCAAGGACUGGAACGACUCAGUCUCGCUCUUUCCGAAUCCUCGCCCAGAUCACUGGAACUGAACGUAUGAAAGAACCUGAAACUGAUAAUACAAAGAAGGCAAACGCCCAGGAGCCCUCUCAGCCGCUGGCCGCCGCAGCAGCUGCAGCUGGGAGCACGCCUGAGGGGCCCGGAAGCCCAGGCUCGGCCAGACCAGGGGUGGCUGGGCUCACCACUGCUGCCGCCUUCAAGCCUCUAGGGUCCACCGGCGGCAUCAAGUCACCGAGCUGGCAACGGCCCAACCAAGCAGCACCUUCUACUGGAAGAGUUGCAAGCAGUGGGACAUCCACAGGAGCAGUGGCAUCAGCCAACUCAGCCGAAAGGCAGCCCCAGCCCAGUAAUGAGGACACUUUGGUGCAAAGGGCCGAGCACAUUCCCGCAGGGAAACGAACUCCGAUGUGUGCCCACUGCAACCAGGUCAUCAGGGGACCAUUCCUAGUGGCUCUGGGGAAAUCUUGGCACCCAGAAGAAUUUAACUGUGCUCACUGCAAAAAUACAAUGGCCUACAUUGGAUUCGUGGAGGAGCAGGGAGCCCUGUAUUGUGAGCUCUGCUAUGAGAGAUUCUUUGCCCCUGUAUGUGGUCGAUGCCAGAGGAAGAUCCUCGGAGAAGUCAUCAAUGCUUUGAAACAGACUUGGCAUGUUUCCUGUUUUGUGUGUGUGGCCUGUGGAAAACCUAUUCGUAAUAAUGUCUUUCACUUGGAGGACGGUGAGCCCUACUGUGAGACUGAUUAUUAUGCCCUCUUUGGCACUAUAUGCCAUGGAUGUGAGUUUCCCAUAGAAGCUGGUGACAUGUUCCUGGAAGCUCUGGCCUACACCUGGCACGACACUUGCUUUGUAUGCUCAGUAUGUUGUGAAAGUUUGGAAGGUCAGACCUUUUUCUCCAAGAAAGACAAGCCACUUUGCAAGAAACAUGCUCACUCUGUGAAUUUUUGAAAGUCAACAGUCCAGGGGAAAAGAAGAAAUUUGAAGAGAAAGAGGAGAAUUUAAAUCACCGAUUAAUUUUUAGAUUUAAUAUUUAUAUGGAGUUUUGAAAAAUAAUAGUGGCCCUGAAGGGAUAAAUUCCAAGCUUUGAAAACCAAGUCUAUGAGGAAAUAUCUGGCUUCAUAAAGUAAAGAGACAGUUUGGUGUUUAUUAUUACUUUUUUUCCUGCAUUUUCUGCCCAUAAAAUAACUUUUAUAAAAGCCAGUUUCCUGGUUGACUAUUAAAUUCAUCUUAGAAUAAAUCAGUGAAGAAUUAAAUUUUAGAAUAAAAACCUUCAACCUCUAUGCUGAAAUAAUUAUACCUUCUUUCCUUACUAGGUAGUUGUGAGUAAAUCUAUAAAAGACAGUAAAAAUGCCUUACACUUAAUAAGUGAAACAUUGUGUUUUUUUAAAAAAAUAGUGUUUAUCUUUAAAACAAUAAAUAGGAGUUUAAACAGAAUUUUAUCAGUAGUAGGUGUCAGGGUUUUUUAAACUGUAUACUUUUUUUUUUUUUUUGUCUUUACAGUUGAUCAUUCCAGUAGGAAAGGCCAAUGAGAUUUUGAUCAAAAUGUGUCAUGCCCAAAAGAGAUGUUAUAUUUUUCUCUGAUCCCCUCCACCCCCAAAAAGCUACCAUAUAGCUUAUAAACUUUAAAUUUUUGCCUUUUAUUAAAAUAUGACCAUUUCUAUUCAUUGUGUAUGUUUCACCACCUAUAUUAGUCAAAUUAUUUUUUUUCCCUUCCCCAUGCUGAGGUAAAGAGCUUGUUGAAUAACUUUGGACUGAAAGUUUUCUGUCUUUAAAGAGAAUAAAUAGAAAAGAAUGCGGUUGGGAAUUAUGGUAAAUCAGAGGAUUAGAUCAGAAAAGUUUUUAAAUUCCCCCUUUUUGGACAAUGAAUCAGUUAGAUCAGUUUCAGAGUUAUACUACUGACUGAUGAAGGUUUGAAAUUUCUCUUUGCAGAAUAAUUUUUUUUCUUUAGUUCUACAUUGGAAAAAUAAAAGAUUGGCUUGGGGAUGUGACAAAAAUUUAGAUUUUUUUUCUUUUGGUAGUUCUUUCUCAAUAAUAAAUGAACCACUUCCAAAUGUAAUCAUGAAGUUUGGAAUUCACAGAGGUUUGAUAGUAUAGAGAGGAAUGUGAUUAAUUAUUCAGACCAGCCUUUCUUUGUUUUUUUCAUUUUAGGGAAAAAAUUACGUAGAUACCACAGGAAGACAGAGAAGCAAUUGUGGUAAAAUUGUGGAUCCUAUUGAUAUUUGAGAAAAGAGAUUAUGGCAUUUGAUAGUUUUUUUUUUUUUUUCCUUUGUUACCAAAAUGGACAAAAGCCCGUGAUCACAUUGAGUUCUCAUUUAAGUUUGUUUGGGGAAGGGUGCUUUUAUAGUUGAGACUGAGCCCCAAGCCCUGCCUGUCCCAUCAGUCACUUGCGACUUCACUUCCAUUGUGUGCAUGUUUGUUGGCGGGGGGGGGGGGGGGG